GUUUUCUUGGUGUCGUGAGGCGUUUCAUCGACAAUUAGUCGCCUCGGAGAAUUUGAUCUGAUAUUCGACACAAACAACGUUGUUCGAAUUGAGAAACGGACAACAUCCAUCACUAUGUCGGAGUCCCCAGCAGAGUCUCCUGGUAGCCAGAUUCACGAGCCUAUCUUCGACAAGUUUGCCGAGGACUCUGGUACAAACGAAACACCAAACUCAGAGUUAUCACCGCCGGACAGUCCGGCAACCAAGAUCGUUACACUUGCGGAUGACAAGAGAGCCAAUGCACGAGCUUUAGCUGCUUCACUAUCACUCGAGGAACAAGUCUCGCUUCUGACUGCAGCGGAUUUUUGGAGAUCAAAAGCUAUCCCCGAGAAGGGUAUACCAGCAUUUAAAACCAGUGAUGGUCCUAAUGGCGCUCGUGGUGCGAUCUUCAAAGCAGGCACCAAGGCAGCUCUUUUCCCCUGUGGUAUUUCGCUGGCCGCAUCAUGGAACACAGAUCUUCUCUUCCAAGUCGGUCAGCAUCUCGCCGAAGAAGUUAAAGCGAGAUCAGCUCAAGUACUACUUGCACCGACUGUGUGUUUACACCGUGGACCACUUGGUGGACGAAACUUUGAAUCUUUCUCCGAAGAUCCGUAUUUGACGGGGAAGCUAGCUGCGUCGUACAUUAAUGGCUUACAAGGGCAAGGAGUCGCAGCAACAAUCAAGCACUUUGUGGCGAAUGAGCAAGAAACGGAAAGAUUCAAGAUUGAUUCUCUUGUCCAAGAACGUCCUCUUCGAGAGCUUUAUCUCCGUCCUUUUGAGAUCGCAAUUCGAGAAGCCAAUCCUUGGGCGGUAAUGUCAUCGUAUAACUUAAUCAAUGGCGUCCAUGCAGACAUGAAUGCGCACACGUUGAAAAACAUUCUGCGAGGCGAAUGGGGCUAUGAUGGGUUGGUAAUGUCUGAUUGGGGUGGAACGAACUCUUACGUCGAGUCCAUUGAGACGGGAUGCGACAUCGAAAUGCCUGUAUCUACAUUAUGGCGUGGUGCGAAAACCCUUGCUGCAGUUGAGAACGGGGAUUUGAGUAGAGAAGCAGUUGAGAAGGCCGCAGCCAAUGUCCUGUAUUUAGUCGAGCGAACGAAAGGCAGUGACAUGUCAGCCGAAGUCGCAGAGCAGGAGGAUGACCGGGAAGAGACUCGCCAAUUGAUUCGAGAUGCGGGCGCCGAAGGACUGACUCUGCUGAAAAACGAAGGCAAUAUCCUGCCUAUCAAGCCCUCGCACAAGAUCGCCGUCAUCGGUCCUAAUGCUAAUCGGGCUAUUGCUGGUGGUGGAGGUAGUGCGAGUUUGAAUCCAUACUAUAACACGCUCCCUCUCGACAGCAUCAAAGCAGUCGCCAAGAAGGAGGUCAAGUACGCCGUCGGCUGCCAAACAUACAAAUGGCUACCUUUAGCAGCAGACUACUGCAAGACAGCUUCAGGAGAGCCAGGGGUCAGCCUCGAGUUCCAUAUUGGUGACAAGUUCGAGGGAAAGCCACGAGUCAUUCAGCAAAGAACGAACACUGACCUCUUUCUCUGGGAUUCGGUACCGCUAGAGGUCGGCAAUAUCUGGUCCUGCAGAGCUAAGACGAUUCUCACACCCAAGACAACCGGACUUCAUACAAUGAGUUUCUCAAGUGUGGGAGCAGGACGGCUUUACGUUGAUGGUAAAUUAAUGGUUGACAUCUGGAACUGGACCGAGAAAGGAGAGGCCAUGUUUGACGAUUCUCAACAGCAACUUUUCACCAUGCAGCUUGAAGCUGGAAAGCCAAUCAAAGUCGUAGCGGAAUUGACCAACGAGCUGCGACCAGCAUGGAGACAAAAGGCUGAGAAACGAACCCAUGGAAAUGGCGGAGUUCGAAUUGGUUACAAGGAAGAAGACAAGAAGGACUACCUGAAGGAAGCAGUCGAUGCCGCCAAGGCUUCUGAUGUCGCAGUCGUCAUUGUAGGUCUGGAUGGAGAAUGGGAAUCUGAAGGAUAUGACCGAAUGACGAUGGAUCUCCCAGCAGAUGGCAGCCAAGAUCGCCUGAUCGAAGCCGUCUUAAAGGCCAAUCCGAGAACAAUUGUCGUCAACCAAUCUGGCUCGCCCGUCACAAUGCCAUGGGCAGAUCGUGUUCCUGCAAUUGUGCAAGCAUGGUAUCAAGGUCAAGAAGCUGGAAAUGCCUUGGCCGAUGUACUAUUCGGGUUCAAAACUCCAAGCGGAAAACUUCCAACCACAUUCCCUAAGAGACUUGAAGACAACCCAACAUAUACCAAUUGGCCUGGUGAGAAUCUCAAGGUACUUUAUGGAGAAGGGUUGCACAUUGGGUACCGCCAUUACGAGAAGAGAGCCAUUGCACCUCUCUUCCCCUUCGGCCACGGACUCUCAUACACCACCUUCAAAUAUGGCAAGCCUACAAUCAGCAGCCCAACUCUCAUCGAAGACGGCAAGAUCACAAUCACUGUUCCAGUAAAGAACACUGGCUCAGUCGAAGGUGCGGAAAUCGUCCAGGCCUACAUUCACGACGAGAAAUCUCGUUUGCAACGGCCUGAGAAGGAACUCCAAGCUUUCGACAAAGUGUUCUUGAAGCCGGGCGAGGUCAAGAAUGCUACACUGAAGCUCGACAAAUACUCGGUUGGAUAUUACGACACUGAUCUCCUUCAGUGGAUUGCAGAGGAGGGCGUGUUCCAAGUUCUUAUUGGAGCUUCUUCUGCGGAUAUCAGGGGAAAAUGCUCAUUCGAAGUCAAGAAGUCAUUUACCUGGGUUUUCUAAGAAUUGGGUUAGAAGAGAUAGCACUCACGAGUAUACACAUCACUGGCAGGCUU